ACAGUUUAUAAUUUUGUUAUUAUUACUUAUUUAAAAUGUCUAGGGUAUCACAGAGCGUGUACGAUAGGCACAUAACAAUCUUUUCCCCUGAAGGGAAACUUUUUCAGCUUGAAUACGCAUUAAAGGCUGUGAAGAAUUGUAAUUUAACUGGUUUGGCUAUUAGAGAUGAUUCAGCUAUAGCUGUUGUGGCCCAGAAAAAACUACCUGCUCAACAAGGGAAUCAGGAUGUUUUGUUGGAUACAUCUAGUGUUACUAGCAUAUAUCAUAUUACUGAUAAUAUAUUGGCACUAUUAAUUGGCCUUCCAGGUGACUGUCUGAGUAUACUCUACAAGGCAAGGCAGAUUGCUCUUGAACAUUUUUACAAGUAUGGAUGCAAUAUACCCGUUGGAGUUCUAUGUCAGAGGAUAUCUGACAUCAAUCAGGUGUACACUCAACACGCCUACAUGAGACUCCAUGCCUGUACCGGGCUUUUUUUGUCCAUAGAGGAGGAUGAAGGCCCGCGCAUCUAUAAAUUCGAUUCAUCAGGAUGGUUCGCUGGAUACAAGGCAUGCGGAAUAGGAGCCAAGGAGCAAGAAUCCGAAAAUGCUCUGGAAAAGGCUAUGAAACGUAGAGGAGUUACAACCCUACAAGAAACUGUCAAAUCUAAUCUGAACGUGAACACUGAUAGCCACAAGCUAAACGAAGGACCUGAAACCAAAGUUACGAUCGAAGCUCUGAAAUGCAUGAUAGAUAUAGAUGCAUUCACACAGGGACUAGGAGCUUCAAGCAUAGAGGUAGCCAUAGCUACAAAGGAGAACCCCGUGUUUAGACAAUUGUCAGAGGAGGAAAUCGAAACAUAUCUCACAUAUAUUGCUGAAAGUGAUUGA